AUGGUACCGAUCAAAGAUGCCACUGAUAGUGAUGAUGAAGAUGAUGACGAUGAUGAUGAUGAUGGUGAUAACAAUGAUGAUGAUGAGAUUUACAAUCAUAAUAUCACCAACUACAUUGAUGCUAAUGGUACUGGUGCUGAUAACAUUAAUAGUGGCUAUGUUAAUACAAUUAUAAUGGAUUACAAUAACAGGAUAGCAAUAAGUGGAGCUAAUGGAGUGGACUGCUGCGCAAUGUUUGUAUUCAAAGAUAGCAUUUUAUCAAAUUUUGCUUCCUGGAAUAGAAACUAG